GAUCCAUGUUCACUCAUGUCCUAUGAAAAACGAGCCGUAGAUACGGUCGCAUGCUUUCUUACAUGUAUGUGGUGGCGUUACAAUAUACUGGCAUAAUUCCUGGCGGAAUGUUUUUCUUCUGGAGUGUGGAAAUGUAACUGAAGUACUGUUUGGAGCGGUAGCAAGUCAUCAACUUGGUUGUCAAUUUAGGAGGUUGGUUGUGUUACCUCCACUAAGCUAAGUUCGGGUGAUGCUUUGCAAAUGAUACGCAAUAGACAAGUAUAGUUCCGUGACAUGAACAUUACACCACACUGUACAAUGUGGCACUAUCCAACUUUUACGUCCGAAAAGCACUGCUCUUGUGGCCAAACAGCUUUGUUCAUCAUUUUAAAAUGAACUACGUAAUUGGAGAGAUGAGGAGGGCAUCUACCUUCCUUACCAGAACUUUAAGAUCUCGCACCAUCAAAAGAUUGACCAACGGCGGUCCAGAUAGUGCAGGCGAGACCAUCUUUGCCUUGUCUUCUGGGCAGGGAAAAUGUGGAGUGGCAGUGAUCCGGGUUAGUGGACCAGCCUCCGCCCUCGCACUCCGGAGUCUGACAGGUCCAAGACAGAGUUUUCCGACUCCACGUAAAGCCUUUCUGCGUAGCAUCAUACACCCCCACUCGGAGGAAAUGCUCGACCGUGGGCUAGUCCUGUGGUUCCCAGGUCCUCGUAGCUUUACAGGGGAAGACUGUGCAGAGUUGCACAUUCAUGGAGGUCCAGCCGUGAUCAGUGGAGUCCUGGAGGCAUUAGGGAGUCUGUCAAGCCUGCGCCCUGCAGAGGCAGGAGAGUUUACGCGCAGGGCCUUCCACGCCGGCAAGCUGGACCUGACCGAGGUGGAGGGGCUGGGAGACCUGAUCCACGCUGAGACCGAGGCCCAGAGGAGGCAGGCCCUGAGGCAGAUGGCCGGAGACCUGGGGCGCCUGUACCACGACUGGAGCCAGCGCCUCACCCGGUGUUUGGCCCAUGUGGAAGCUUUCAUUGACUUCAGUGAGGAUGAGCUCAUCGAGGAUGGGGUCUUAAAUCAAGUGGAUGAGUCCCUGUCUCAGCUGGUGCGGGAGAUUGAAGGGCACCUGAGUGACGAGCGCAAAGGGGAGCGUCUGCGCAGUGGAGUGCAGGUGGUGAUCGCCGGGGCCACCAACGCUGGCAAGAGCAGCCUGCUCAACCUGCUGUGCCAGCGUCCAGCAGCCAUCGUGUCUCCAGUGGCUGGGACCACUCGAGAUGUAGUGGAGACGUGUGUGGACAUUGGCGGUUUUCCCAUCCUGCUCAGUGACACCGCGGGCCUGAGAGACACUCAGGACACCGUGGAGAUAGAGGGGGUACGGCGAGCCCGGGAGAGGGUGCAGCAGGCCGACCUGGCGCUGGUGGUGGUGGACUCCUCGAAGCUUCCCCGGGACCCCCGGCACGUCGCAGCCAGCCUCGGGGGGCAGCUCGGCGAGGUGCUGUCUGGCCAGGCCUCCCAGCGCUGCCUCCUGGUGCUCAACAAGAGCGACCUCCUCUCGGAGGAGCAGAGCAGGGGCAUCCAGAGUGCUCUGAGGGAGAGAGGGGACCUGCCCCAGGCAUGCCUCCUGUCCUGCCACACUGACAGUGGAGUGAACGGGUUUCUGUCUGUCCUGAAGAACUCAGUGCAGAUUUUGUGUGGCGACCCUCUGGUAGGCGGCCCUAGCCUGACCCAGGCCCGACACCGCGCCCACCUGCUGGAAUGUGUGCGUUCCCUGGCCCAGUACCGCCAGUACCGGGAUCUGGACCUGGCCCUGGCAGCCGAGGGAGUCCGGUUGGCCCUCAUCGGCCUGGGUCGCAUCACCGGCAGGGUGGGGGCCGAGGAAAUUCUGGACAUCAUUUUCAGGGACUUCUGCAUUGGGAAGUGAACCAAGUACUACUGCAGAGUUUAGACGGUGCCUCUGUGUAUGUGUGUGUGUGUGUGUGUGUGUGUGUGUGUGUGUGUGUUUGUGGUAUGUGCAUAUGCCUUUCAUUUUGUAAAGUUUUUCAGUUUUCAUUUGUAAUGUUUUCAGUUCAAGAUAAACUGGAAAUAUAAAGACAAGAGAAACUCCUACGUGUUUUUGCUCUGGUAGUGCUGUGGGAACGAGGUGGCUUCAGCCCCCCCCUGGCUUUGUUCCCCUGUCAAUCAGUUCGUAAUGUCAGUAUUUAUGUCUCUCUCUCUCUCUCGAACUCCUCACCCCUCCUUCCUAGCACGGCAGCCUGUGACACAGAUGCACUUCCAUGUAUUAAAGGCUCAGUCCUCUCUGCAUGUUUCACCCUCUA